AUGUCAUUUAAAUUAUCUAACUUUUAUGGCGAUCCAUUCGCUAUUGCAACAGUAUCCUUUGGCAUAAUGUCAUGGAUUAUUGGUAUAGCGGGAGCGGGGUCUGCACCUGAUGUUGUGUCUCAUUUCACAUGGUGGGCUCUUGUGUAUCAAAUUAUAAUAGUUUUGGUUGUUUUGUUGUUGUACCUAUUCAAUACCCUUGAGCUAUACAAAUUUACAUUGGUGGGCUUAUUAUCAGUAGCAUUCGUCUACACUACAAAUGCAACGAAUAAUCAAAUCUAUAGAUCCAGCUCGGGCUCACAGUGUUGUGCUGCAGGAUGCAUUUUGUCCUCAAUUUUAAAUGUCAUUUGGAUAGUUUACUUUGGUGGGCAUCCAGAGUCUCCAACAAAUCAAUUUGUCGAUUCAUUCUCCUUAAGGAGUCAUACUCACAACCAUGGCCACUUGGCGUCAAAUGAUAAUCAUAAGUUGGAAGAAGUAGAGGAGGUUGACUAUAAGAAGUUUUCCUCUCAGGAAAACUUAGGAAAUUCAAACACCAGUGCUCAUUUUCAAGAUAAUAAUCUUAGACAAUCACAGUUGACUACAAACAAUAAGUCAACAACAGCACCAUAUAUGUCAUCUUCGCAAUUAAAUGGUUUGGAAAAUUUUUCCUCGUCUGAUGUUCGUCAAAGCAGAGAUUUGACAAGCAAUAAAAGGCAAACUGUAUACAAUGAUGAAGGCUCCAACAAUAACAUAACUUUCAGGUAUAAGGCUCAAGCUCUAUAUUCGUAUGAUGCUAAUCCUGAUGAUAUAAAUGAAAUAUCUUUCGUCAAAGACGAAAUACUAGAUGUUGACGAUAUUGACGGUAAGUGGUGGCAAGCAAGAAAAUCAAAUGGCCAAGUUGGAAUUUGUCCUUCGAAUUACGUUAAAUUAUUAAGUUAA